UGAGUCCAAGAUGGCCGCGCCCUGCGAGUGACAGUUGCUACGGGAGUCUGCCCGAGUAAAAGUGUUAGUAGAGGUGGUGCAUGUCCCAGCAGACGUCUUCCAAAGCAAAAAGCUUGUCUGUUCCACAGCUUGGCCGACAUGAGCAAGGGUGAACUAAUACUCCCUAAAGACUUUCCUCCACUCCAGAAUGACACAUUCCUACGAGCAGCUCGAGGUGAACAGACCGAGCAUGUCCCCGUCUGGUGUAUGAGACAGGCUGGAAGAUACUUACCAGAGUUUCGUGAGUUCAGGGCAGGGAAGGACUUUUUUGAAACAUGCCGCUCGCCAGAGGCCUGCUGCGAGCUUACGUUGCAGCCUCUGAGGCGUUUUCCAUUCGAUGCUGCAAUCAUCUUUUCGGACAUCCUCGUUGUGCCACAGGCACUGGGUAUGGAUGUCCAGAUGGUGCCAGGGAAAGGUCCUACAUUCCCAGAGCCCCUGAAGGAGCCAGAAGACCUGCAGCGUCUGCGUGUGAAAGUGGAUGUCGCCAAAGAACUGGGUUACGUUUUCCAAGCCAUCUCGCUGACCAGACACAAGAUUGAGGGCAAAGUGCCGCUUAUAGGAUUCACCGGAGCGCCGUGGACGCUCAUGUCUUAUAUGAUAGAAGGCGGCGGUUCCAACACUCACUCAAAGGCAAAGCGUUGGCUCUACCGACAUCCUGAGGCCAGCCACAUGCUGCUGAAGAUGCUCACGGAUGUCAUAGUCGAAUACCUGCUGGGUCAGGUUGCAGCUGGAGCCCAGGCUCUGCAGGUGUUCGAGUCCCACGCCGGCAUCUUGGGGCCGGUGGAGUUUCAAACGUUCUCUCUACCUUAUCUUCAUGACAUUGCUCGCCGCGUCAAAGAGAAACUCAAGGAGGCGCGACAGGAAGUUCCCAUGAUCGUUUUUGCAAAGGACGCACAUUACGCUCUCGAAUCUCUGUCUCAGUCUCAUUACGAAGUGGUCGGGCUUGACUGGACCAUUGACCCACGCUCAGCACGUGAGCGGACAGGAGGAAAGGUUAGCCUUCAGGGAAACAUGGACCCAUGUGCGCUUUAUGCUCCCAAGGAACGCAUUUCAGAAAUUGUGAAGCGCAUGCUGGAAGGUUUCGGCACCAGAGGCUAUAUCGCCAAUCUGGGCCACGGUCUUUAUCCCGAUAUGGAUCCAGAGAAUGUGGGCGCUUUCGUGGAGGCUGUGCACCAACACUCAAAACAAAUGGUCAAAUAAAUGUAGAGAGGAAUUGGAAAAAGAUGAUCAAGAAUGUAAAAUGUUGGAUUAAUGUUCUUUUGUAAGAAUCCUAAAUAAAUAAACAGCGAAAUGGGGAUUGUA